AUGUUCACACUAGCUAAACGGAGAGCAGCUUCCUCACUGCGAGCUCUAACCAAAAUUGGGAAGUUUUCAGGCUCACACAGGACGCUUAGUACCAAAGUUGGCUCACCAUCCACCAGGAACUGGUUGUAUGUAGGAGGUGUGGGCUCAUUGGCUACAGCUAUUGGUGCAUUCUAUUAUGGUAAGAAAUCUAUAGUGGACAGUCCACCCUCCGAUCUAUUCCCAUUUGAGUCUACCACUGCUUUGCAAGAUAUAGCCCCCCCACAAUAUUGUACUGGAGAUGAGUUGAAAACAGCAAUCAGUGAAAUUUCCAAAAUUAUCUCUCAGAACCAGAUUGUGUCUUCUGGUCCUGAGCUAGAUGGUCACAGUAGAAAUGGAUUCGCUACACACCCACCAGAAGCCGAUCAGAUACCUAAGUACAUAGUGUACCCCUUAUCAACCGAAGAAGUCUCUUCCAUUAUGAAAAUUGCCCACAAGUAUAAUGUACCCAUUGUUCCAUAUUGUGGGGGAACCUCAUUAGAAGGACAUUUUUAUUCGACCAGGCCCGGAAUUGUAUUGGAUACGCUGCGAAUGGAUAAAGUUUUAAAGGUGCAUUACGAGGAUUUAGACGUUGUAGUUCAAAGCGGAGUGAAUUGGGUAGAAUUGAACGAACAACUAGAUGGCUCUGGAUUACUCAUGGGAUGCGAUUGUGGUCCUAAUGCUAAGAUCGGCGGAAUGGUAGCUACCAAUGCUUCUGGUAUAAAUGCUACUAGAUACGGAGCAAUGAUUCAAAAUGUCAUAUCGUUAACUGCGGUAUUGGCAGAUGGUACUAUUGUUAAAACAAAGCAGAGACCAAGAAAAUCAAGCGCAGGCUACAAUUUGACUCACUUAUUUAUUGGGAGCGAAGGCACGUUGGGAAUUGUAACUGAAGCUACAGUCAAGCUUCACGUUAGACCCAAGUUUGAAACAGUAGUGGUGGGUCAAUUUCCUACAAUUUUAGAUUCAACCAAUACUGUAGCGGAGUUAUUUCAAAAUGGAAUUCAACCUGGUGCGAUAGAAUUGUUAGACCAGCAUUCGAUGCAUUGUAUUAACUACAGUGGAUACACCUCGAAGCCCUGGCUAGAAGUUCCCACCAUAUUCUUCAAAGUUGGUGGAAUUAAUGAAAAGGUCGUAAACGAAAACGUAAAGGCCAUGAAAGCAAUCGCUUUGAAAAAUAAUUGUGAGGCAUUUAUAUUCGCCAAAGACAAAGCAGAACAAGAAGAGUUGUUCUCUGCUAGAAAGAACAUUUUCUAUUCAAUUUUAGAGUACGGAAAAAACGAAAUCCACGAAGACGUUGGGUUAUGGGUGACAGAUAUUGCGGUGCCGUUAUCUAAACUCUCACCAGUAUUAGAGACAGUCAACCAACUUAUUAUUGAUCUGGGGUUGCAGUACAUCAUUGUGGGACAUGUUGGGGAUGGAAAUUUUCAUGCUGACAUCUUCUAUAAACCUGAAGAGAAAGCUAAAUGCGAGGCAGUGGUCAAUAAAAUGAUGGAGAUUGGUCUCGCUAAUGAAGGUACAUCCAGCGGAGAACAUGGUAUAGGAAAUGGAAAGCGUAACUUUCUCCAAUUGGAAUUGGGAGAGGAGGCAAUUAAUCUCAUGAGGAAGAUCAAAAUGGCAGUAGACCCCAAGCGAAUUCUUAACCCUGACAAAGUAUUUAAAAUUGAUCCGGAAGACAAGGGAACAAAUUGA